CAAUGUAAACAGCACAGGAUCAUGGCCACUAACUACAGUGCUAACCAGUAUGAAAGUGCUUUCUCACCCAAGUACCUGCGGAACUGGUCUCCUGCCAAGCCAACAAAAGAGAGAAUCUCUUCCCAAGAAGGCUACACUCAGAUCAUUGCCAAUGACCGAGGUCAUCUGUUGCCUUCAGUGCCCCGUUCCAAGGCAAGUCCUUGGGGUUCCUUCAUGGGCACAUGGCAAAUGCCCCUUAGGGUUCCUCCUGCUCGGGUGACCUUGACCUCCCGUACAACAGCUGCUGCCGCCUCCCUCACCAAAUGGAUACAGAAAAAUCCGGAUUUACUCAAAGCCUCUAAUGGAUUGCAACCUGAAAUCUUAGGCAAGCCCCAUGAUCCAGACAGUCAGAAGAAACCCAGAAAGAAGUGUAACACAAAGACAGUACACCAAGCACCAAACCCAACCAUAAUUCCAAGCUCCCCAGAUGGCAAUAGUGAGUCCCCAGAUCAAACUCAAAGCUCGCACCCCUCUGCAGGUCACACUCCAGGUCCCCAAACUCCAAACACCUCUCCUAAGAGCCCACCUGGAAGUCCACGUGAAUGUUAGAACACUGAGCAAGUCCUAAUGUAGCUGAGAUCUGGAAAUGCAAACCUGGAACUUUUUAGGGGAAAAGGGGGCCAUGCUGAGUGAAAUAAGUGAGAGCCCCUGAUCAGAAAUGUGGAACAGAGAAAUUAUGGAACAGGAGCAAAGGCAAAUUUGA